CUGAACCUGUACCGUACACUUCGCAUUCGCAACCGUGAAACUCGACUGGCUCGUGACGAUAGCAAGCCUUACGUUGCCCUCCAACUCUGCAAGAAGUAUCGCGUUACCUUCUACUUCUCACAAAGCCUACACACUACUCUACACACCUUCAAACACGCCAGAGAUCCCUCGCAGCAGGCACAACCGCCCAACAUGCGUAUCACACUAAGCAUAACGAAUCCCGAGAUCGAGGACCAAGAUCUUCUGACCUUGGAGAUCUUCCCCGACAUGCCCGUUUCCACCCUCCGCGAAGCCAUCCAAGCCGAGACCCAAAUCCAACCCACAUCUCAACACCUAUACCACAACGGCCGUCUGAUUCAAGAUGACAGUCAGACGAUGGAACAGAUGCAAAUUACCGAUGGCGAUAUGUUGGCCUUGCACGUAAGGGAUAUGCGGGGAAGCACCGGUGUCCCCGAUCAGGGCAGGAGAGGCCAACAACAGCGUCGACGCCCCGGCGGUCAAGAUCCUGAGCUCAUCCGUCUCCAAAUCUUGGGCGACCCGAAUCUGCGGGCCGAGGCCACUCGUCAGCAACCCCAGUUGGCUGCUGCACUCGAAGAUCCCCAACGGUUCGCCCAGCUCUUCAACGAUAGCUACGAUCGGGAGCAGCGUGAGCGUGAAGAGAGACAGAGGGAGAUCGCACGGCUCAACGACGACCCAUUCGACAUCGAGGCGCAAGCUAAAAUCGAAGAGAUGAUUCGCCAGGAGCGAGUCAUGGAGAAUCUGCAGAACGCAAUGGAGCACAACCCCGAAGUUUUUGGAAGAGUUCACAUGCUGUAUGUGGACGUAGAGGUCAACGGCCACAGAGUGAAGGCAUUGGUCGAUUCUGGAGCUCAGGCCACUAUUAUGUCUCCAGCAUGUGCCGAGGCGUGCGGUAUCAUGCGACUUGUCGACAAGCGUUUUGCUGGAGUUGCUCGCGGAGUUGGCACGGCAAACAUCAUUGGCCGUGUGCACUCUGCUCAGAUCAAGGUCGGCACAAUGUUCUUGCCUUGCAGCUUCACCGUCAUGGAAGGAAAGCAGGUGGAACUUCUUCUCGGUCUUGACAUGCUUAAGCGAUACCAAGCUAGCAUUGACCUCGCCAAGGACAAACUCAUCAUUCAGGGUGAGGAGGUGCCCUUCCUGGGCGAAGCCGAGAUUCCGAAGGAGAGCGAGGAAGCAUUGGAAGAAGAGCCAAGACUACCUGGACCUGCUGGCACCACUAUCGGCCAGCGGUCUGGUGUUGUCAGUGGUCCGGGUGCGGCAAGUACGGGUGCCGCACAACAAGCUCCGGCUCAACAAGGCGGAUCGGUGCCGACGACGGCGCCGCCCCAAGCAAGUGGCGCGGGCUUUUCCGAGGAGCAAAUCUCUCAGCUCAUGGCUCUGGGUUUCCCGCGAGAGGCUGCCAUCAAUGCGUUACAAGCCACGGGCGGCAACGUUGAGCUGGCUGCCGGUUUGUUGUUCGGGGCGUAG